AUGCGAAGCCGAACGUACGUGCCACCUGAAAAUCUCCAGAGCCUUUUGGAAUCUCGUGUUAAAGAAGUUUUUGGUACGGCUCUUCCCAGCAAUUGGCAGGACAUCCAUCUGGAAGAUGGUCAUCUGAAGUUCAGUCUCUUGGGGCGCUUAGCUGAUGACUUGGGCCAUGCAGUGCCUAACUCCAGGCUUCACCAGAUGUGCAGAGUCAGAGAUGUUCUAGAGUUCUAUAAUGUUCCUGUUCAAGAUAGAUCGAAAUUUGAUGAACUUAAUACCAGUAAUCUGCCUCCUAAUUUGAAAAUCACUUGGAAUUACUGA